CUUAUCUUUUCCCAAUCAAUCUACUACUACUACUACUACUACUACUACUACUACUACUACUACUACUACUACUACUCUGAACCCAUCCAUGACCAUGACCCUCACAGCAAUCCCCGCCAGCGAGCCCUACUUCAACCUCGGCGCCUACUCGCGAAACGUCACCACCACCAGCGAAGAUGCGCGCAUCUGGUUCAAUCGCGGCCUCAUCUGGGUCUACUCCUUCCACCACGGCGAAGCCGUGCACUGCUUCGAGCAAGCCAUAGCCCACGAUCCCACCUUCGCCAUGGGCCACUGGGGUCUCGCCUACGCGGUAGGCCCCAACUACAACAAAGCUUGGGAGCGCUUCGACCGCAAAGACCUUCACACCUGCGUACAACGCGGCCAUGAAGCCUCACGUAAAGCCCUCGCUCUCUCCCAAUCCACCAACGCCACUCCUCUCGAGCAAGGCCUCUGCAAAGCCAUAACCGAGCGCUUCCCAACCCCGACUCCCCUCCAACUCGAAACCUACAGCGCCGUCAACCGGGCCUACGCCGCCGCCAUGAAGCCCAUCUACGAAUGCUUCCCUAACGACCUCGACAUGGCCGUUCUCUACGCCGACGCCCUCAUGAAUAUCACCCCCUGGGCCCUCUGGGACCUCUUCACAGCCCAACCCAACCCCAAAGCUCCCACCAAGGAAGUCCAAUCUGUCCUCGAAUCCGCUCUCACCUCCCACCCCCACGGACAAGCCUACUCCCACCCAGGCCUCCUCCACCUCUACAUCCACUACAUCGAAAUGUCUCCGACCCCAGAAAAGGGCAUCUACGCCGCCGACCACCUCCGUGAUCUUGUCCCCGACGCCGGCCACAUCCACCACAUGCCCACGCACCUCGACAUCCUGAUCGGCGACUGGCGCGCCUCUAUCCGGUCCAACUACCGCUCCACUCUCGCGGAUGACCGCUACGCUGCUAAAGCCGGCCACAACAACUUCUACACUUUCUACCGCCUCCACGAUUACCAUUCCCUUAUCUACGCCGCCAUGUUCGCAGCACAGAAACGUACCGCCCUCGAUGCCGUCUCCCGCAUGGAAGCCAGCAUCCCAGAGUCUCUCCUGCGCAUGACAUCGCCCCCUAUGGCUGACUGGAUCGAGCACUUCGUCGCCAUCCGUCUGCAUGUCAUGGUCCGUUUUGGCAUGUGGGAGGAGCUUAUCAAUGACACCUCUCUCCCGGAAGACCAGGAGCUGUAUGCCAUCACAACAGCCACAACCCACUAUGCCCGUGCCCUCGCCUACGCCGCGACUAACGACGUGCCCUCCGCCCGUACCGAAGAAGCCCUAUUUCUCGCAGCCCGGGAGCGCGUCCCUGCUACCCGCCGCGCGUAUAAUAGUAAAGCCCGCGAUAUGCUGGCAGUGGGAGUUGCUAUGCUGAAGGGGGAGAUAGAGUACCGAGCAAGGAACUAUGAGACGGCAUUUGCGGCGUUGAACGAGGCGAUUGUGUUGGAGGAUCAGUUGCCGUAUAGUGAGCCAUGGGCGUGGAUGCAGCCUGUUAGACAUGCUUAUGCGGCGUUGAAGCUGGAGCAAGGGGAAGUGGAGGAGGCGGCGAGGGUGUAUAAGGCUGAUUUGGGGCUGGAUGAGUCGUUGAUUCGUCCCAGGAGACACCCGAAUAAUGUUUGGGCGUUGCAUGGGUAUCAUGAGUGUUUGGAGAGGCUGGGGAGGGUCGAAGAGGCCAAGGCGAUCGAGGGCGCGAGGAACGUGGCGUUGGCCGGGGCGGAUGUGCCGAUUUUGGCGUCGUGUUUUUGUAGGUUGGAGGUUUUGAAGAAGAAGAAGGAGAAUGGCGCGUGUUGUGGGGGGAAUGGGGAUGGUCCUGCGCUUUGUUAA